AAGGUGGAGCUGGAGUCGCCAUUCGAUUCCACAUUUCUCGGUUACGAAGUAAAAUCGGCGUCUGUCAUUUGGUCCGUUGGUGUCCUUCGUCGUCAAAUGCCUAAGAAAUCAACAGCUGCAAAAUGGACUCCAGUAUCAAUCCCUGUGAACGUUUUAAAUCCAUUUUUGCUGGAUUUUGCCACAAUUUUGGAGGAAGGAGUCGGCGAGCAUUGGGUGAAAAUUGACGACUUCGAAGUUCGAUACAAGCCAUGCGCGGACCUGAGCCUGAGCCCGUCGGAUUCAAAGAGAUCCGACACGACUCAGAUUCGAAGCAAUUCUCAGAAGAAAACCAGUUGGUUGAAGACUUGCUUCUGGACAAAAUUGAAACGGUCCAUCAGGAAGCCUUCGAAAUCCCCACAAAGGAUGCCUUCGAGAUCGCAUCUGUCGUCUCCUUGUAGUUCACCAAGGAGAUCAUUAAGAGAUGCGCUUAAUUCCUCCGUUUGAUGGUCAGAAUCCUGUCAAAUCCUCCGUCCACCAAAGAAAUUAGAGCGGGGAUAAAGCAACGCUCUUGUGUAGCGCGGUCGAGAUUCAAAAGAUCGAAUAAUAUAAGAAUCAACCAAAUCAGAUUUUGUGGAAAAAAUCAGUCAAUGUUUGAAACUAAUCGUCUGAAAAUUAUCUUUCUUAACAAAAUUUCAAAGUCCGGAGACUUUUUUUUUUUAUUAUGGUGAUUAAAAUAAAAAAGACGUUGAUAUGAGAUAUAUUGCUUACGGCAAAACAAAUACAUUGAUACAUUGAUUCAAAUGCAUA